AUGGCGUAUCCUUUGUUUUUCAUGGCAGAAAGCCUUGAAGUGUUUCUGACCGUAGCUGCUGUUCGACUCGCUUUUGCGCUGUGGGAAUUGCAGAAAGAUGGGACUGGGGAGUGCAGGAAGAAACUCAAGUUCCGCGGCGACUACCUUGCUACGCCACGGUGCAAAGGGGGAGCAAAGGAGUCGAUCAACUACGACCUUUAUGAUGAGGAAAAUCAUCCUCUUGUGACCUGCAUCGCAACUGAAGUUAUCAAGAUAUUCGCUUCUUGUCCUCCAGGAACGAUUCCGUACGAGGACUACCUCAAAGCAGGAAAUGAUCCGCCGGUUAUCUUCGACAGUGCUCUCGGGCAUCCAGCAAAAACAUGUGUCGCGAUAGAUGAGGGUCUCAUACGUCCCUCUUGUCACGAUAUGAUUAGACAGGUUCCUUUCAUUCUACUGGGCAGAGGGGAAGCCGAGCCAUUUAAUUACUCACUAAUGAUGCCAAAUUCUCUUGUGGAAGAAGUCGUUCGACCAGACUGGACCAAAUUCUCCAGACAGACAGGGGAAACUGGCAACUUGUACUACGCGAGGGAGGACCUCGAGGUAUCCAUCCAGUGUCUCUCAUUUCAUUAUGCACAGCCGGUCAUGCGCUGUCCCGAUGGAACAGUACAGAAUGCCCUGAACCUUGAGGAAUGCAAGCGAAAGGCGUUUGUUGACUUUGUGCUGAUCUGCCCUCCAGGAUACACUCUCAAUGAAGCUGGCCUCGUCUUCGGUUUAUACAACGCACCCAAACCCAAGUGCAUUGGCAAGCUUCGUGCUGCCACCCAGUACUACUGUCCGGAGGUGUGUGGUCGAAGCAACACAACGAGAUGCGGCGAGGACAUAGCAUAAACUCAUAAAAUAUGAUGGACAGGCCGCGUCAGGAGAGUGUUUUAGAGAGGGUUUGAUAUGCACAUCUCAAGAAACAGCCUGAAAAGAGUAUGUAAGAAGAACCAUCAGGGCAUAGGCUCAUUUAUGUCGAAACGAGGCAGUUGCGGUCGGACUCGAAACAGCAACAUUCACUGCGGGCUAGGCAGAGAACUCAGGGGUGCCAGUUCGCGACCGGCUCCUAUUACACAAGGGAGGGCUACACGGUAUCCUCGCUCUCAGGCAUGUUCCUGCCCCGCUUGACUUGCCCGACUUCACUGUGAUUCUCGAAAUGACGGCUAGUGGCGUUUUCAUCUACAAAUGUCCUUACUUUCGGCACCUUCAGACGUACUAGGCCUGUACCAGGAUCGCUCCAUGUUUCUACCUCACUGUCUGCCGUUUGUCGAUCCCUGCAGCAGAUGCGUGGGGAGGUGCGCGGCCGUGUUGAUGCGGAGACGGGGGCGAGAAUCAGAACCCGUUUUAAAGUGGCUGGGUAUGUGUAUCGUUCUUCGUGCCUUAGGGACAUCAAAACUAGAUUCGCAGCGACGGGGGUCCUGCUGAGCUCGGCAAUUGAAUAUGAACUAUUCUCCAGAGACAAGCACUUCCGAACAGCCUCUUUCUCUCGUA